AACACCCAGCUCCAUAUAGAGAGAGAAAAUAGUCACCCACAGAGAGAGAGAGAGAGAGAGAGUUUCGUCGAUCGGAAUAGACUGAGAAAAUGUGGAAUCUAAACGACUCGCCCGUCCAGAUAAUCCGAAACCCUGACGUCAACGAAUCCGAGGCCUGCUCUUCUCCGGUGGACAUUGACGACAAAGACAAGGGUAAACGGGUCGGAUCCGCCUUGAGCUCGAGCUUCUCAGCUAUAGUACUAGACGAGGAGGGCUCAGAGGAAGAAGAGGUAGAAGUAGAAGUCGGGCGAAAGCGCAACAGCAACAAGAUAUUUGGGUUCUCGGUUUCGGACUCCGACCCGCUCGUGACCCGGCAGUUCUUCCCCCCGCACGAGUCCGAGGUGGGGAAGACGUCGGACGAGAGAGAGGCCGCGAAUUUCCCGAGGGCCCACUGGGUUGGGGAGACUGUUGGCGGCGGCGGAGGUGGCGGAGCUCCGACGAAGAAGAGCCGCCGCGGGCCGAGGUCGAGAAGCUCCCAGUAUCGUGGGGUUACCUUUUACCGGCGUACCGGCCGUUGGGAGUCUCAUAUAUGGGACUGCGGAAAACAAGUUUAUCUGGGUGGAUACGACACCGCGCACGCUGCUGCACGUGCAUAUGAUAGGGCAGCCAUCAAAUUCCGGGGAGUGGACGCCGACAUAAAUUUCAAUUUUGGAGACUACGAGGAAGACUUGAAACAGAUGACCAACUUAACAAAGGAGGAAUUUGUGCAUGUACUGAGGAGACAAAGUACUGGGUGGUAUCCAAGAGGGAGCUCCAAAUAUAGAGGGGUAACCUUGCACAAAGGUGGAAGAUGGGAGGCCAGAAUGGGUCAAUUCUUGGGCAAAAAGUAUGUCUACUCGGGUCUGUUUGAUACCGAAAUCGAAGCUGCAAGGGCUUAUGAUAAAGCUGCAAUAAAGUGUAAUGGCAAGGAGGCUGUCACCAAUUUUGAUCCCAGCAUCUAUGAAGAUGAGCUAAAUGCCACCGGUCCAAAGUCAAGGGGAGAGGAAGAUUCGGAACGUUUGCAAGUGCAAUUGCACCAAUAUUCUGAUGCCACAAUUAGUAUGUCCGACCGUCAGAUUACCAGUGACACUGCCCAAGAAGGAGGCGUAUUGUUCGUGGAGGAAUUGGUCCGGUUGAACGAAAUUGGAGAGGUAGUCACAAAGCGACAGAAGUUAUCUCCAGAAGAGGAGGGAUCCUCGACAAGAGAGACAGAUGAAGUCUCAGACUCAUCUGAAGAGGAACUCAUCUGGUUGGACGAAUUGGAGGAAACUCCUUCAGACCCACGAGUAGUAGAGGAAUUGAACUGUGAUCCCAUGGAAGUUCCUCCAAUAAUGUCUCACCACUUUUCCAUCCUCCACGUGCUGGAUUUAUCAUAUACUGAGAUAAACUCUUUGCCGCAAUCUAUUUCCAGAUUAGUAGCACUCCGAAAAUUGUUUUUGAGAGGCUGUGAGCUUCUAAUGGAACUACCACCUGAAAUUGGAGAACUCGUGAAUCUAGAGGUGCUUGAUCUUGAAGGGACUGAAAUUCUGUGUCUACCAAAGGAGAUUGCCAAACUAGUUAAUUUGACGUGCUUGAAAGUGUCAUUCUAUGGAUAUGCAAAUCAGAGAGUAAUUCCAAGGAGGGUCUUGUCAAAUCUGUCACGCUUGAUCGAGUUGAUCAUUGAUGUGGCACCGUAUGGAGGGUGGUGGGAUGUUGAAGUAGAAGUUAUUAUAGAUGAUCUGUGUACCUUAAAAGAGUUGAGAACCUUGAAAUUGUAUUUACCCACUGCAGAACUAUUGGAAGGCCUCACAUUGAUAUUUCCAGGUUUAGAAAACUUCAGGUUUACAGUUGGCCGUCACGAAGAGCACUUCAUUUCCCGUUUACCCCAAGAUGUUGAAGAGGAAUUCAAUAAUUGGGAGAAACUGAAGAAAGGCUUGAAGUAUAUAAAUGGAAGUCGCAUACCAAAUGAAAUUACCAAGGUAUUCAAACGUGCCAAUGGUUUUUUUCUACAGCGCCAUUGGACCGCUAAGAGCCUAUCUGAGUUUGGGCAUGAAAACAUGAAUGAAGUGAAGUUCUGCUUGGUUAUGGAAUGUAAUGAGUUUCGGACCAUCAUUGAUUCUGAACGGUUUUAUUGGGGAAAAGAUGGUAGGGGUGAAUCCAAAGAUUUCCAGGAUUUUGAUGAAGCAAUUGUACUUGGAUCACUAGAGAAAUUGAUUGUCCGCUACAUGAAGAAUGUGGAGAGCAUUUGGAGAGGGCCAGUUGGGAAAGGGUCUCUGUCCAAUCUGAGUUCCUUGGCUUUGCAUACAUGCCCCAAUUUGACUACCCUUUUCACUAUCGACAUGCUCAAUAAUCUCACAAAUUUGGAAGAGCUUAUAGUUGAAGAUUGUCCAAAAAUCGAAAGCCUUGUGAGUGUCAAAAGUUCCGGCUCAGACUCGGGCCUUUUUCUCCCUAGCUUGAAGAAGAUUUCACUUCUUGAGCUACCAGAAUUGGUCAGCAUCUCCAGUAGCCUAUGCAUUGCUCCGAAAUUGGAAAGGAUGGUCAUCUUUUAUUGCCCAAAGCUUGAAAAGCUUUCUGCCAUGGAAGUUUCAAGCACAUAUAUGAAGGUAAUUAAAGGAGAGAAGGAAUGGUGGGAUGCAUUAAAGUGGUAUGAAUCGGGUCUGAGGACGAAACAAGAAGAUUAUUUGGCUGAUCUUUUUAUCCCGUUGAGAAGGGGUGGGGAUCUGAUGGCUCAAUUAACAAAAGACGAGAUUGCCACUUAUGGUCAGGGCAAAGUUGGAAGCUACAACCGACUAGGCUUCCCGACACCUGAUAAACAGAAAAUAUUUGUGCCAGAUCUGAAAUCAAGGGGAGAGGAAGAUUCGGAACGUUCGCAAUUGCAAGUGCACCAUUAUUCUGAUUCCACAAUAGGCAUAUCCGACAGUGAGAGUGCCGUUGGCACUGCCCGAAAAGGAUCCAGCUCUUUGCCUGGGUCUGCGACGUUAGAAAAAUCUGCUAACCUUUCUGGCUUCCGAACACCUGAUAAACAGAGUUUAUCAGCGCCAGAUUCAAAGUCAAGGGCAGAGGAAGAUUCGGAACGUUUGCAAUUGCAAGUGCACCAUUAUUUUGAUGCCACAAUAAGUGGCACUGCCCAAGAAGGAAGUGUAUUCUCCACGGAGGAAUUGGUCCGAUUGAGCAAAAUUGAAGAGGUAGUCACACCAGGGCAAAAAUUAGCUCCAGAAGACGAGGAAUCCUUGACAAGAGUGACAGAUGAAGUCUCACACUCAUCUGAAGAGGGACCCUUGAAGGAGAUCAGGUUGGAAGAGUCGGAGAAAACUCCUUCAAAUCUGGUUGGAUAUGGUCAGGACAAAGUUGGAAGCUACAACCGACUUGGAAACAUGAGCAGGCCGGGAGAUUGGAACUGUAGGUCAUGCCAGCACCUCAACUUCUCCAGGAGAGACUCGUGCCAAAGAUGCGGGGAGCCAAGACCCGGAGAGAGGGGUGGUAACUACAGAAGUUUUGGUGGGAGGGGUGGUGGUGGUAGCAGUUCACUGUUCGGCUUUAGUACCGGUCCAGACGUGAGGCCUAGCGACUGGUACUGCGCCGUGGGGAACUGUGGAGCCCACAACUUUGCUAGCCGCUCAAGCUGCUUCAAGUGCGGUGCGUUCAAGGACUCCUCGUCCUUUGACAGCUUUGACAGUGACAUGUCUCGUACUAGAGGUUUUGGUUUCGGUGGAGGAGGCGGAGGGGGUUGGGGUGGCAGUAGCCGCUCUGGAUGGAGAUCCGGCGAUUGGAUUUGCACGAGGUCAGGGUGCAAUGAGCACAACUUUGCCAGCCGGAUGGAGUGUUUCAAAUGCAAUGCGCCUCGGGACUCUGCUAGCAAAUACUCUUUCUGAUCAAGCUCAAAACUUUUCAAAUAUCACUAGACAUCGCUUACGCUACAAAUAUUGCGGGACUGGACAUCCGGUCAUUAAAGAAAAUAGUGCGAGUUUUGUGAACUGAUCUUCCUUUUGUGUCACGGAGAGUGCAUUAGACAGUGGCAUGGGGUUUUUGAUGAAAGAAAUCUCUAGCCAUAAACAAUAAGGAAAAGUGUUACACUAGCUUAAACAAGUUCCCUGUGGAAACUUCAUUAAUUCCUUCUCAUGUCUAGUACGAAUUUGAUUCUAUCAUAAUAAAAAAUUAUUGAUGCAUUUUAUGACAUUUAAAUCUCAUACGAGUU